AUGAUAAGUGACGAGAGUGAAAUGGAUUUAGAAAAGUGUGUACAGAGGUAUGAGGAGGAGGAGAUAGAAUUGCCAGCAGAGAGUUCUGCUGGAAAGUUGAUGUACUUCCUUGACCCAUAUUUCUUCGAGAAAACAUGGAUAUCCGACAUUAGCUUCUCUCUUUUCCUUGCAUUUGUGUCAUUGACUGCACGGUUGAUGUACUUUAGUCUGCGAGACCUUUAUAAUAAUAUAACUGAACCAGAGCUUUCAGACCUAUAUUCUCCUCUAUGGAUAAUCAUUCAUUACUUCCUAUGCUUUACUAUGCUUUUUGCGGAUUUUAUUCACCAUAGGAAAAAAGUUGAUAUUGAGAAAAAAGUGCUCCAAAAGUUAUUGAAGGAAGUGGUUAAAAUGGACCUGACCGGGGAUCCAGUAGCUUGGCGGAAAAUUGCAUCUAGAGUUAAUCGAUUUUGUGAAGAGGGGGGAAAUCAUUAUUCCGUGUUUUACAGUGGGGAGCAUUGUAUGCGCUUUUUUGUGAGAGAAAUCGUAAAACCAAUAGAGCGUCAGACCUACGAUAUCCGAUGUUAUUUUGAUGGAGAAAUAUGCAGCAAUUUUUGGAAAAAUCCACCAAAUAAAGCGCUAACUGAGAGAGCAGUUGCGAAUUAUAACAAUAGCAUUGAGAACUUUGGUGAAUUAUUACAAACGGCCGAAAAAGAUGAAUGUAGAGAUGGUAUUUUCGAGAAGUUUCGCAAUAUUUUCAACACCUCAAUGCUUUACUUGGGGGUAAUAGAAGCUGCGUUGCUUAUGAUUAUGUCCCUGGGCCACCUUGUAUUGUUUAUUUCUCGUACCAUUUUUGAUUUAUUCGCUACCGCUCAAUAG